GAGGUUUCAGAGUGAGUUUGACGAAAACACCGUGGGCCACAUCGCAGGCUGGAUGCAGGCAGAAAGCUGCCCUACAGGCUCCACCUGAUUCCUGCGGUGACUGAGAGCCUGGCUCACCCAACACUUGGCUGAGCGCUUCCACACAAAUAUAAUGGAAAAAAGGAGCUGACAGCAUGGAUUUGUAACUGUUUUAUGGAUGGAAAAACAGCCUCCAUCCAGGAUGGACAAAGAUGUUGGGAAGCCCAAGACCUUUGUGUCGACCUUUCGGCUUGACCUCAAGCCCCAAGCCCAGGCGGUGUGUGUGGAGAGGCAGAAGGAGAACGGACUGGAUGCCGGGAGCAGGGCGCUCAUGGGAAACAACAAACUGGGAGCCUCAUCUGCGACAGGGACCAGGCGGACAGAAGCCCAGCGCCUGGAAGCCCCUCGUUUCAAAGAGCCGCUGAGGGACUGCGCCGUGUGUGAAGGAAGUGAUGCCACCUUUCAAGGUGUUAUCACAGGAAGCCGACCUGUGAGCGUUUCCUGGCUACACAAUGGUGAGAAGCUGCAUUCAAAACAUACAUCAUUCAAAAAUGGCGUCGCAACUCUGACGCUGACUCAGUGUUCACUUGGAAAUGCCGGGAAAUACACCUGCAAAGCCGAGAACGCUGCGGGACAACAGUCGAGCAUCGCUACGCUACGUAUUACAGCAACAAAGGAAGUCCCGAGAGCAAGCAACCACGACCGGCACUGCGAGGUCAGGAUCAACAAGGCGUCCCGCGAAAACUGUGAGCCGGCCUCUUCUUCUAAAGCAGGAAGGCAAGAGAGGAAAGAACAUGACAAAGUCUCCUCAGAUAUCAGAGAUCUCCACGCUCGCACAAAACCAGACUCCGCCAGCAAAGGGCCUCCUGUGGAGUUCCUCAAUCCGCCGGAGCAGGUGGAGGUUCGGGUGGGGGAGCGGGCCCGGAUACGCUGUGAUUUCAGGAGCAGCUCGGUGCCUGUGGCCUGCUGCUGGAUAUUCAACAAAGACAAAGCGGUCGUGGGAAGGCCGCGGACGUCCGUGAGGAGCACGGAGUCGCAGAGCGUCGUGGAGAUCUCUCAGGCUUCUCCAGAGGACACCGGCUCGUACACCGUGGUCGUGAGAAACAGAGCUGGCUCUGCGCAGCACACUGCGUCUCUCAGCGUCAUAGACCGGCCUGACCCCCCAGCAUCCCAUCCCGUUGUCUCCCAGCUGUCCACUCAAUCCCUCGUCCUGUCCUGGACCGGACCCAGCUACGACGGGGGCACGGCUGUGUUGGGUUACAUUGUGGAGGUCAUCCAGGAGGGCCCAGAUAAGCCCGGGAGCUGGACCGAAAUCAUAAGCCGCUGCAGAAACACGUCCCACCACGUCCGAUCGGGUCUGGAGCCUCUGGGUCAGUACCGCUUCCGCGUCAGAGCUUACAACUCGGCAGGGACCAGCGAACCGAGUCAGGAGUCCGAAAUUAUCAAGAUGGCGACUGCGAAGGAUAAGAAAGAAGAGCCCGAGUCGUACGUCACAGUGACCAUUGACACUAAAAAUAAAUGCAAGGACCACUACAAUGUGCACGAGAAGCUGGGAUUUGGAAAAUUCGGUGAGGUUUUCCGGCUGACCCACAAAGAGACCGGCCAGGAGUACGCUGGGAAGUUCUACCGAGCCCGGAGCUCCAAGGAGAAGGCCGCCGCUUGCAAAGAGAUCGAGCUGAUGAACAAACUUCACCACCCCAAAAUCGUCCAGUGCGUGGCGGCUUACGAUACCCGCCCAGAGCUGGUCAUGGUCAUGGAGUACAUUGCAGGCGGCGAGCUCUUCGAACGCAUCGUGGACGACAACUUCGAGCACACGGAGCCGACCAGCGCCCGCUACAUGCAGCAGAUCCUGGAGGGCAUGCAGUACGUCCACAAGCAGAACAUCGUCCACCUGGACCUCAAGCCGGAGAACAUCGUGUGCGUGGACACGACGGGGACGAGGAUCAAGAUCAUCGACUUUGGCCUGGCGAGCGAACUGGAGGAGGGAGAGCCUCUGAUGGUGAUGCAUGGCACGCCGGAGUUUGUGGCCCCCGAGGUGAUAAACUAUGAGCCGGUGGGCCUGGAGACCGACAUGUGGAGCAUCGGAGUCAUCUGCUUCAUCCUGCUCAGUGGAGAAUCCCCCUUCCAGGGCAACAGCGACGCCGAGACUUUUGCUCUUGUGACGGCGGCGCGCUACGAGUUCGACCAGGAAAGUUUUGAGGACAUCUCUGACCAGGCGAAGGACUUCAUCAGCUCUCUGCUGAAAAAAGAUCCCAGAGGCAGGCUGUCCUGCCCCGAAGCCCUCAGCCACCCCUGGAUGGUUUCUUUCACCCCUCUGAACCGCAGACCCACAAAGUCUCUCAAUAAGAACAAGAUGAAGCGUUUCCUGGCCAGGCGCAAGUGGAAGAAAACUGGCAAGGCUGUGUUGGCCCUGCAGCGAAUGGCUAACCUCUCCAGCAGGCCGGACUCUCCUGGCAGCUCCUCAGAGGAGCCAGGCUGGAGCCAGGAGGCAGAGGAGGCCAUCCGCUCGCUGGAUAAGCAGCUUCAGAUGGAGCCCCGCUUCCAGAAGACCCUGAAGGACGCCACCCUUCCCAAGGGAGCAACGGCCCAGCUAACAUGCCUCAUCAAUGGCUACCCGAAGCCGGAGGUGAAGUGGCUUCAGAAUGAGCAGCCGGUGUCGGAGUCGAGCAGAGUGACGGUGGAGCAGCUGGACGACGGGCUCUGCUCUCUGACUCUGGCAGAUGUGGAGCCGUCCGACUCCGGGGUUUACGUGUGCAGAGCCAGCAACCGGCUGGGGGAGGCCACAUGCUCGGCCAAGCUCAAAGUGGAACUUUGAGGGAAAGAGACCGAGAAGGGAAAUGGAACAACUUCAGACUUCCAUCCUAUGUGGAGAGGGGAUAGUUCACUAUUGUAAUUGAUUAGCAGUCGCAGUAUGAAGACUCGCAUUCUGGAUGUUUUCAUUCACCUCGUAUGUUAACAGUGCACUCACGAAGUCAGUAUCUUUUUCAUGUGUGUUAAUAUGUUCAGCUAGAGUUCACCUGACAAGAUGUAUUGAAAAAAAAAAAAAAAAAAAAACUUGUACAUUUUGCACAUUUAAAUAUUUUU